AUGUUGCCUGUCCGCGCCCUUUCUGAAGCUGGCGCGGGGAUAUUCAUCACCAAGACUGGCGAGCCUUUAUCAAUAUAUGUCGACCCCGCCCUAACAUCCGCUUUGACCAUUACGAACCUCAUAAAGAAACACGGCGGCCUCGUCUGUCCUUCUCCCACCAAUAGCCAGGUCCUCAUCAUCAGUCCUGUAUCGACCGGUAUCUUCGACGGGCACUGCCACCCGCUCUGGCUCCCUCUCUCCCAGCGGCUGAGACAUCGGAGACGCGUACGCGCGGGCGGAAGGGAGAAGUGGAAGGAAGGGGUGAUUGUUCAGGAAGAAUGGGCUGGGGAGUGCGUGCGCAGGGGGAGGGUUCUAGGGGCGGAGGAUGAUUGGGGUGGGUACCAGAAGGGAGGACCCCCGGUCACUUCCUCAGCUCCGACUACAACCUCAGCAAUCCAUCCAGCUGUCUUCGAUCUCAGCCUGCUCCGAAAGCGUUCCGCCACUCUGCCGGGCGACCGUAUUCUGGGAUCCACAUCAUCUGCUGCCCCAACCGCAGAGAUCGCCGAAUCCCCUCCUGAUCACAACACGUCCGUCUCAUCAUCGGGGACUCUAAGCGGUACUGCGUCCGACCCAAAGACAGCGCCGAAGCGUGCAUUCUCGGUGAUGACCAGCGGUACACCCGAAGCGGGACCAUCUACUUCCCUCGCUGUUUCACCGCCCAUGCCACAAGAUGAAGUGUUCAAGAAGAUACGGGUGCAAACUCCUCUGGUACUCGAUGAGAUGAUGGGCCGCGCGCACCCACAUGGCCUGAAGGACGGCCAGGACAGGAUUACAGUGCAUCGACUUUUGGGCGAGAUGUACCCGUAUAGUAAGAAGACAUGGGCAAAACUCUAUAGGUCCUGGCGCAUGCAGGACGGUCGGUUCGCCCAAGGUCGCCUACCAGAUGGUGAUUACAUGAAGCAUAUCGACAUCCUCGACCCUCUGCUGCCGUUCAUUCGCCAAGGCGUCUCGGUAGACGAUCUCGCCACUGGGUUGGCCAUCGACUCGCCUUCGACGACGCAGUCAGGGUGGCAGGUUAGAAUCCGCGCUUGGUUACGUACCUUACCGCCUAAUGACCCGGUAUUGCAGUCGGAAGUGCGGAAGCGCGCGGCGGACAAACGGAGAUUGGAGGUGUCCAAGAUCUUCAAGGUGUCGUAUGACGUGCCGGGUAUCAACGCAGAGGUUGUCGGCGCAGAAUUGUCUGACACUUUUCCAUACAGGCCUCAGGCUAUCGCAGUAUAUUAUCGCGAGUGGAGAAUCCGAGCCCCUCGCUUCAGGUUCAUACCCCACGAGUUCCAAUCGACGAUCCCCAUUCGCCCUCCGCAAGACCCGACAGAUUGGCUGGGCUCAGAGGAUGCGGCAGACUCGACAUCGCAGCGGAAGGCUAAGUCCCUAGUAAGGUCAAUGAGCGCGGCGGGGUCGGAGAUCGCGAGGGAUGAGGGGACGGAGGUGGUGUAUCUCGACUUUGGCUCUGAGGAGGAUGAGAAUGACUACUAG